AUAUCAGAGUUAUUUACCAAUUGUUUUAGGGCUUUGCAUUUAUAUUAGUGAUGCACUCAUUAAACAAUGAAAAACUGAGUAUCUAUUCUAUGAAAGGUGCUGUUCUAAAAUUUGAGGACAGACUGUGAACAUGAUAGUCACAAACAUAGCUGUGGUCUAAAAUUUUCUUUAUACAAAAUUAAUAAACCAAUUACCUUCCCAAACCUAUUAUCAUAUUUGCCAACCCCAUUUGCUCAGGGGUAAGACUAGCUCUUGAACAGUAGAUGUUUUUUACAAGAGAAUUGAAAAGUUGCCCAUAUUUUAAAGGGUCAACUCAUGUGAGGGAACUUGUUUCUGGAUAGGAAGGGACUAGAGCUCAGACCUCCAACUUCCCCGACCUGACACUGUUUUUUCACCUAUUCUUUCAUUCUUCAAGUUAAUCCUUGUUCCUGUAAAGGAUAAAUGUGUCACUCACACAAUGCACUGUACUGAAAAUGGGCUAUGAAAAUAAAUAAUGGAAAAACUUAGGAGAGAAAAAAAAUGUUAGAAAAAAUCACCAUAUUUUCUUUAAAAACAAAUAAAUUACUUUAGAGGGCUUAUUGUACAGUAACAUUUGGGUCAUGCCUGGAUUUUUAUUACAAAUAAAAUAACGGGAGCUUGAAUUUUACUCUUUUGGGGAGAAAUAAAUUAUGGAAAAGAAAUGGUAUAAACAUCUUUUCUUUACCAAGAAUAGAUUGCAGUAACAGGUUAGGACUCUGAGUGUCGCUGUUCACCAGUCAGGGGAAAAAGACAACAAGGAAUUUAAUCCAAACCACAAGAUUUCUGCAUCACAAAGCACUAGCCCUGUGGCUUUGGGAAGCUUCAGACUGGACCCCAGAACUCCAUCAUCCAACGGUGAAAGCACAUAAUCUUGGACCCUGAAGAUUCUGGGGCUCCUCUGACCUCCACUAAGGGAGCACCCAAGUGCAAGCUAUUCCGCAGCGGGGCUGCAAUGGCGGCUCCUCCUUAUCGGCCAGACUGCAGCCGGCUGGGCAGGAUCUGCGUUCUCCUGGGGGCUCUCUGGGAAAUACAGGCGGAACAGAUACGAUACUCGGUGCCUGAGGAGCUGGACAAAGGCUCUUAUGUGGGCAACAUCGCCAAGGACCUGGGACUGGAGCCCCGGGAACUGUCAGAGCGGGGAGUCCGCAUCAUCUCCAGAGGUAGGACGCAUCUCUUUGCUCUGAACCCUCGAAGCGGCAGCUUGGUCACCGCGGGUAAGAUAGACCGGGAAGAGCUCUGUGAGAGAUCUCCAAAGUGUGUAGUAAGCCUGGAGAUUCUUCUGGAGGACAAAGUGAAGAUUUUUGGAGUAGAAGUGGAAAUAAUCGAUGUUAAUGAUAACGCACCCAACUUUGGGAUAGAGCAAAGGGAAAUAAAAGUCGCUGAAAAUGAAAAUCCUGGGACAAGAUUUCCUCUUCCUGAAGCUUUUGAUCCAGAUGUAGGGGUCAACUCCCUGCAGGGUUACCAGCUCAGUUCAAAUGUUCACUUCUCCCUAGACGUGCAAAGUGGAGUGGAUGGCAUUAAGUACCCUGAGCUGGUGCUGGAGCUUGCCCUAGAUAGAGAAGAAGAGGCGGUUCACCACCUCCUCCUCACUGCCUUUGAUGGAGGCGACCUGGUUCGCUCUGGCACUGUCGAGAUUCAUGUAACUCUUGUGGAUACCAACGACAAUGCUCCUGUAUUUACUCAGCCAGAGUACCACGUGAAUGUUCCGGAGAAUGUGCCAGUGGGCUACUGGCUACUCACUGUAAAGGCCACUGAUCCAGAUGAAGGAGCCAAUGGAGAAGUAACAUAUUCUUUCCGCAAAGUGAGUGAUAAAAUGUCCCAACUAUUCCAGUUGAAUUCUUUGACUGGGGACAUAACAAUAGUGGGGGAUCUAGAUUAUGAAGACUCUGGAUUCUAUGAUAUAGAUGUAGAAGCCCAUGAUGGACCUGGUCUCCGAGCCAGAAGUAAAGUUCUGGUGACAGUUCUGGAUGUAAAUGACAAUGCUCCAGAAGUCACAGUUACAUCUCUCACCAGCUCUAUCCAAGAAACUUCUUCCCCAGGUACAGUAAUUGCACUUUUCAAUGUGCAUGACAGUGAUUCAGGAGAGAAUGGCUUUGUCACAUGUUCUAUUCUGGAUAAUUUGCCAUUCACACUUGAAAAGACCUAUGGAAAUUAUCAUCGUCUGUCGACACAAAGAACACUGGAUAGGGAAGAAGUCUCAGAAUAUAACAUCACAGUAACUUCCACUGAUCAUGGAACUCCACCACUGUCUACAGAAACUCACAUCUCAUUGCAUGUGGCAGACAUCAACGACAACCCACCUACUUUCCCUCAUGCUUCCUACUCUGCCUACAUUCCUGAAAACAACCCUAGAGGAGCUUCCAUUUUAUCCAUGUCUGCCCAGGACCCUGACAGCAUUGAGAAUGCCAGAGUAACUUACUCCUUAGCUGAGGACACACUCCACGGGAUGCCUCUCUCCUUCUAUGUUUCCAUCAACUCUGAUACUGGUGUCCUGUAUGCAUUGUGCUCCUUCGACUAUGAGCAGGUUAGAGACCUGCAACUACUAGUGACAGCCAGCGACAGUGGGGACCCUCCCCUCAGCAGCAAUGUGUCCUUGAGUAUUUUUGUUCUGGAUCAGAACGACAAUUCCCCUGAAAUCCUGUACCCUGCUCUCCCCACUGACGGUUCCAUAGGCGUGGAGCUGGCACCCCGAUCAGCAGAGCCUGGCUACCUGGUGACCAAGGUGGUGGCAGUGGACAGAGACUCUGGCCAGAACGCCUGGCUGUCCUACCGUCUGCUCAAGGCUAGCGAGCCAGGGCUCUUCAUGGUGGGGCUGCACACGGGCGAGGUGCGCACUGCACGGGCCCUGCUGGACAGAGAUGCGCUCAAGCAGAGUCUGGUGGUGGCGGUGCAGGACCACGGCCAACCCCCUCUCUCAGCCACUGUCACACUCACUGUGGCGGUGGCUGAAAGCAUUCCAGAAGUCCUGGCUGACCUGAGCAGCCUCAAGCCCUCAGCCUAUGCUGAUGACUCUAGCCUCACGCUGUACCUGGUGGUGGCGGUGGCCACAGUUUCCUGUGUCUUCCUUGCCUUUGUCAUUGUUCUGCUGGUGCUCAGGCUGAGGCGCUGGCACACUUCGCGUCAGCUCCAGGCUGUGGGGGUUGGAUUGGCUGGAGUGCCAGCCUCGCACUUUGUGGGCAUGGAUGGGGUGCGAGCUUUCCUGCAGACCUAUUCCCAGGAGGUCUCCCUCAGGGCAGACUCCAGGGAGAGUCACGUGAUCUUCCCCCAGCCCAACUAUGCCGACACGCUCCUCAGCCAGGAGAGCUGUGGGAAAAGCGAGCCUCUUCUCAUAACUCAGGAUUUACUUGAAACAAAAGGAGACCCUGGUUCUCAUCAGGUGAGUCAAUCUUGCCACACCAAAACAUAGGCAAAGAGCUAUAUAAAUGUCUCCAACUGUAUAAGGUAGGUAAUUGAUGAAGUAAAGGCAUUUUUUUUUAGUAUUCUAUUACUUU